AACGGGAAAGCCGAUCUGAUUAAUGCUAACGUAAACAAACAGGCGAGCUAACGUUAACCAGCUAGCUACCUCAGUGGCACAAAAUAUCCUUGCAAUAUUAAUUGAGGAAUAUCAUAUUGGACAUGUCUUCUGUCUCACAGAUGAAAGAAAACUCUGAGACCAGUAAAUGGUUAGAUGCACACUACGAUCCAGUGGCCAAUCUCUAUACUUUUUCAUCUUGCAUUGCUCUUGCAGACCUGCAUGGGGAUGGUGAGAAUAAGUUGGUGGUGGGGGACCUGGGAACUGGUUCAUGCAACAUGAAGCUGAAGGUGUACCGUGGAACUGGCCUGAUGAGUGAGAACACGUUGCUCGAUCUGCCCACUGGCUUGGUUUCUUUCCUCAUGGACCAGCAUGAGCCACGCACGCCUGCCAUCGCUGUGGCUUCCGGCCCCUUCAUCUAUGUCUAUAAAAACUUGCGGCCCUAUUUCAAGUUCACUCUCCCUCCGUUAGAGGUCAAUGCUCUGGAACAGGACGUCUGGAACCAGGCAAGGGAGGACAUGAUUGACCCAUUGAGCUUGAAGGAAAUGUUGGAGGGCAUCCGAGACAAAGCUGAUGUUCCACUCUCCGUCAGAUCUUUGAGGUUCCUCAUGUUGGACCCACAAGACACGGAGGCUUUUGUGAACCUUCAUAAGGCGCAGCCAAUACGAAGACAGACUGUUAUUACAUGCAUCGGCACCCUGAAGAAGAACAUGGCUGAUGAGGAUGCAGUCAGCUGUCUGGUUAUUGGCACUGAGAGUAAAGAUGUCUAUAUCCUGGACCCUGAGGCCUUCACCAUCCUCUCGAAGAUGUCCGUCCCCAGUGCUCCCACUCAAAUGGAUGUGACUGGUCAGUUUGAUGUGGAGUUCCGGAUCACUGUGGCCUGUCGCAAUGGGAAUAUCUACAUCCUCCGCAGGGACUCCCCCAAGCCCAAGUACUGUAUUGAGCUGUCUUCUCACCCUGUGGGGCUGGUGAGGAUGGGGAAGAGUGUGGUGGUGGGAUGUGCCCAGGAGACCCUGCAGGGCUUCACACAGAAGAGGCCUGUGUGUGUGUCUUGUCCUGUCCUCUGUGUCCAGGGGAAGAAGCUGUGGACGGCUUGCCUGCCAGCCCCUGUCACUACCAUGGGCGUGAUGGACCUCCCCACCAGGGGCUUCCAGGCUGUGUUAGUGGGCCUGGCUAACUGUGAGGUCCACCUCUACAGAGACAAAAACCUCAUCAGCACCAUCAAGACUCCGGAUGUAGUGACCAGCAUUUGUUUUGGGAGAUAUGGACGAGAAGACGGAACCCUUAUAAUGACCACCAAAGGAGGUGGUCUGAUAGUAAAGAUCCUGAAGAGGACAGCUGUGUUUGAUGACAGGGACUCUGCCCCAGGUCCCCCUCUGGCACAAAGCAUCCGCCUCAAUAUCCCCAAGAAGACCAAGCUGUACGUGGACCAAACCAUGAGGGAACGGGAGAAUGCUGUGGCAAUGCACAGGGCCUUCCAGAUGGACCUGAGUCGUCUGCGUCUGGCUGCAGCGAGGGCCUACGUUAAAGCCCUGGAGUCCAGCCUUACACCCAUGUCCUCCAGCCUGUCUGAGCCUCUCAAGAUGAACGCAGUGGUGCAGGGCCUGGGCCCGUCCUUCAAGCUAACUCUGAACAUCCAGAACACAGCCGCAUGCCGUCCUGUCAUGCACUUGGCCAUCAGCUUUCUGUAUGAUGAGAGCCUGUAUAGUAUGAGGACAGCCUUCUUUAAGAUCCCCCUACUGGUUCCUGGGCUCAACUAUCCUAUUGACACAUUUGUGGAGUGCCUGAGUGAUAAAGGAAUCUCUGACAUCAUUAAAGUGUUUGUGCUGCGAGAGGGCAAGAGUGCACCCCUGCUGACUGCCCAUAUCAACAUGCCCGUCAGUGAGGGACUGGCACUCAACUGAGAGAGGGAGAGCGAGCGAGCAGCAUCUUUAGGCCCUGGGCUGGCCUCUAUGCUCUCACCCUGUGCUUCUAGCCCCCUCUAGUGGCAGGGCUGACUCGAGGUGACUGGGACGUUAACAGGAUCAGCUUGUGUUGGCCCCAGAGGUGGUUAAAAGCCAUGUGUAGCAUACGUACGGUAGGACAGGAAGUAGGGCUAUUUGUCCUUAGAGAGAACUCCAUAGAGAGAAAUGGGUUUAUGAUUGUAUCACAGGAUUUAAAAUCCAAACGUAAGUGAACUUGUAAGCUGUGUGUUGGUGGAUAGAGAUGUCAGGACAAUUAUCGUAAUUAUGAAUACAAGUGUAUAAAGUCAUUAUAUAUAUAUAUAUCUCAGCAUUAUUUAUUGCUCUUUAAAGUUUGUUAAAUAAUUGCCGGGAAAAAAACAGAUGUGCUGCUAAUUUUUUAAUGUUCAGAUCAUUCAUUGCACUUUAUUUUCAAAAAUGAAAGCUAACAAAAAUCCAUACAUUCCUGAGUUGUGCAGCAGUAUCCAGAAAGAGUUGGCUUUUCAAACAAAUGUAUUUAAUAAAACCUUUAAAUGACUUUUAUUUUCA